GAUAAUCAGUGUGCUUAAACCGCUAAUCAAACUCACCGGAAUCUUAUUUACCAAACAAAACAGUUAACCGGCAUAUCCGCCUUUUCUAGUUUUCUCCUCUCUAAAAUUAACAACGCAUUGAUGUGGCGGAGAUCCGCCUCCUUCAUUCUCGACAAUCGACCCCAAAACGACGCCGCACCGCCCCCUAUGGCCGACGCCGCCCUCCCAAACCCUAACGCCAACUCCGCCUACUACCAGGCCCGGGCCGCCCACACCGGCGUCGUCACCAGCGACUGGCUCGCCCAGGCCCAGGCCGCCGUCGGCCGAAUUCCCGACGAACAGGCCUCCGUUCCUGAGGCUGAGCCCAAACCGGACUCGGAUUCCGGCAAGGCGUUUAGUGUCAUCGAGGAGUUUAAUAGCUGGCGGAAGCAGCCUGAUUUGGCUGAGGCCGUGGCAGCGAUUCGGGCCUUGGCGUCGGUUAUUAGGUCGAGCGAGGCCACCACUAUGAUGGAGCUCGAAAUUGAGCUCAAGAAGGCCUCCGAUUCUCUCAAGUCAUGGGAUACGACGUCUAUAUCUUUGACUGCUGGAUGCGACUUGUUCACGCGGUAUGUUACGCGAACUUCAGCGCUAGAGUAUGAGGAUUUCAACUCAGCCAAGUCUCGUUUGAUUGAACGUGCAGAGAAGUUCGGGGAGAUAUCUACAAAGGCUCGCAGAAUCAUUGCUGUACUUAGUCAAGACUUUAUAUUUGAUGGUUGCACCAUCUUAGUUCAUGGCUUCUCUAGAGUCGUUCUAGAAGUACUGAAGGCUGCGGCACAGAGCAAGAAACUCUUUCGAGUUUUCUGCACAGAGGGAAGACCAGACAGAACAGGAUUACGGUUAUCAAAUGAGCUGGCCAAGCUUGAUGUUCCUGUUAAGCUCCUAAUAGACUCUGCAGUGGCAUAUACCAUGGAUGAGGUUGACAUGGUGUUUGUUGGGGCAGAUGGAGUUGUUGAAAGUGGAGGCAUUAUAAAUAUGAUGGGAACCUAUCAAAUUGCAUUGGUGGCACAUAGCAUGAACAAACCAGUUUAUGUAGCUGCUGAAAGCUACAAGUUUGCUCGCCUUUAUCCAUUGGACCAAAAAGACAUGGCCCCUGCAUUACGCCCCAUUGAUUUUGGAGUUCCCAUCCCAUCCAAGGUCGAGGUUGAAAGAUCUGCCCGUGAUUAUACGCCUCCUCAAUAUCUCACUUUACUAUUCACAGACUUGGGUGUCCUCACCCCAUCGGUUGUCAGUGAUGAGCUGAUUCAGCUUUACUUGUAACCAUUCAUGGUAUGAAUUUUGGCCUUAAAACAUGACUCUUCUUAACCCCUUCUUCAAAUUCUGAACUGGUCUAUGUCAAUGGAAGAUUAUUGUUUAGAGGGUUGAUAACUGAUGUUUGUUUUAAUCUUUAUUAGGUAACAAUGAUCAAUUUUGCUA